CCACAUCUGGCAAACCCCUGUCUGCACCUUUUGUUUUUUACAUGGCAGUCUGAUUAAAACCUCACCGUGGCCAGCCCUUUGAUUUUGUCCUGUACUUCAGGAAAUGCAAUUUGAACCUUUCCCUCGCCAUUAAACCUGAUUCGUUCUCGUUUAGCCAAUAAUCCGGCCAUCGCCGCUCAGACUUUCCAAAUAAAACGGAUCCAGCUGUGUGCGGCUGUGCGCCCUCGGUGCGUCACACUUCUCUGCUGCGCGGUAGAGAGAGGAGGAAGAGGAGCGAAAGAUGUCCGGUCCCAUGCUGCUGUCGGUGUAUUUGAGUUUGUGCUUGCUGUGGGCGACCGGCGGCGCGGCGCGGAGCGGGGCAGUGAUCCUGCGGGACGCCCUGGAGCGGAGCCCGGUCAGCCUGAACGACAUGUUCCGAGAGGUGGAGGAGCUGAUGGAGGACACCCAGCACAUACUGGAGGAGGCUGCCGACCAGAUAGCUACUGAGAGCGCUAAAUCAUCUUUAACAUCACUGGAUCUGCGUCCUACCUACCACAACAAGACCAGGACGAUGAUAAAGGAUGGGGAUAGAGCUGUUCAGGUCCUAGAUAGCACAGACAAGGAAACUAAUAACCAAACAGGAGAGGUUCAUCUUUCCCACAUCCACAUGGAGAUCUCUGGCCAGUGGAACAGAGUGGAUCACGAAUGCAUGGUGGAUGAGGACUGUGGUGAGCUGAAAUACUGCCUGUAUGAGAUUGAGAACUCUAAGUGCCUCCCCUGCAUUCCAACGGAUAUGCCCUGCACUAUAGAUGAGGAGUGUUGCUCGGAUCAGAUGUGUGUGUGGGGCCAGUGUACAGUCAAUGCCACCGCAGGAACCGAGGGAACUAUCUGUCAGGGUCAGAGUGACUGCAGGCCGGACCUCUGCUGUGCCUUUCAACGAGAGCUGUUGUUUCCAGUGUGUAAUCCCAGACCGGAGAAGGGGGAGUCCUGCUGGAACCACUCCAACCUGUUGAUGGACAUGCUGGCCUGGGAUCAGGAGGGUCCCCGUGACCACUGUCCCUGUGCAGAUGACCUUCAGUGCAUACCUCGCGGACGUGGAUCUGUUUGUGGAGAGUAGAACUGGAGAUGGAGAGAGCAUGAGGAUGUUGUCUAUAACCCUUUCUUAACGACGGCCCACCUGCUGAGCCACAGUUUUUCUUUUUUUAAAAAAAAAAAAAAAAAAUAGGAUGUUGCUUCAGGAAUGGACUUGCACUGUACUAUUUAUGCCUUACUACCAAUGUAUGUAUUAUAUAACAUUCAACGAAUAAAAGACUUGUUUUUAGUUUGGACUGAGAA